GCAUCCUUUCUCCGCAUCGACGACCCUCCGGAACCACUCACUCUGCGCGCUCUGCUGCCACGAUGCAGUCGAUCCGUCAAAUCGAGCGACUGAACCAGACCGAGCUCGAAAAAGUCAUCCCAUCGAACGCUUCCUGGCAUACGGAUUAUCGCGACACUGCGUACCUUUACAUCGGUGGCCUACCUUUCGAGCUUAGCGAGGGCGACAUCUUGACAAUCUUCAGUCAAUAUGGCAAUCCAGUACACAUCAAUUUGGUCCGCGACAAGGAGACUGGAAAGAGUCGAGGGUUCUGCUUCUUGAAAUAUGAAGACCAGCGCAGCUGUGACCUGGCCGUGGACAAUCUCAGUGGAGCCGGCGUGAUGGGCAAGGUGCUCAGUGUAGAUCAUACGAGGUACAAGAAGAAGGAGGGAGAAGUGGAGGGCAUUGGCGAUGAGGAGGCUGACGAGGUCGACGACACGGACAAGGAGGGCGACGACCGCAGAAAGAGAAGGCGCACGGCAAGCAUUAGCGAAAGUGAGGAGGAGCGUCCGCUGAUCAAAGAGGAGAUUGAGCUUGCCAAGCUGAUCAAGAACAUCGAAGAGGACGAUCCGAUGAAAGAAUUCCUUGUCAAAGAGAAGCGCGCAGAGGUGGAGGAGGCGUUGAAGGCAGUCGUCAAGCACAAGUCGAAGGAAAAGGACCGGAGUCGAAAGCACAGACAUCACCACCGCUCUCGGAAGGAGGAUGGUGGCAAAGAGUCUCGCGAUAAGUCACGAGACCGUCACCGUUCAAGACGCGACAAGGAGCGCGGAGAAAUCCUAUGCUUUGUUGGUGCCAGCACAAGUGCGAUCGCGGCAGCGGCCUUCGAAUCCGUGUUGGCCGAAGCCGCGAGUAUCGACGGCGCAGUCGAUGCUGCCGUCUGCUCGAAGACAUUUGCAGACCCAACUGCAAGCCAAGCAGGACGUGAGGAGGACGGACAAGACGAUAAGAAGGUGGAUACGCAUGACUGCGAUUUACCGAGUGGUGCGGAGAUGUUUCUUGCUGGUGAUGCUUCUGUGAUCUCUGGUGCACGCUGA